AUGCUGCCAGUGCUAGCAUCCACAUCCGCAUCAAAACCAGCAGCAGCAUCAUUGCCACCACUGCCAGUAUCCAAAGAGAGCCUCACAAAGCUCAUCGCUCUUGCCAUGUCAUCGCCGGACUCACCAUUAGGCCUCAUUUGGGUGCACACCUUUCAGGAAGGGUCAAGGGAUGGAUGCCGAAGGGGGACAGAGCUUUUCAAGGACAAAGAUGUGAAGCAGGCAUUUCGUGAUGGUGCAGAUGAAGGACAGAUAAUGGGAAUACUGAAUGAGAGGAAGGAAUGGGAGGCAGCAGGCCACGGCUCCUGGUGUUUCAACACAAAAACAGAUUGCUUCUCUUGUGAAGUGGGAAUCCCUGAUGGGCAUACCUGCACCACCAAGCUCGACGCGAUGGUUCAAGUGGAUUUCGUCAAGGCUCAACCACCUUCUGCUGAAACUGCCAUCCAGGCUUCUCCCUCACACCACACUUCCUCAUCCCAGACCACUCCACCUCUUCUUGUCAAUGCCGAAGCUCAAGCCCAGCUUAUGGAUUUGCCCCCUGCUGCUACCACUGCUCCUACCUUGGACCCCCCAACCUUUGAUUGGUCUGACAACGCUGCCUCCAUACCUAUUCACAUCGGAACCGCUGUUCUCAAUUGCCUUUGGAAAAUCAUGAAGUUUCUUGGCCCCGACCACCGUUUUGGCCACGUCGAACCCCACCAUUCUUCCCUGUCUCCCAAACUGUUCCUUGUCAAUGCUUCAUUCUGGUCUCGAACCCCACUCACCGCCAUUGCCAUCAACCCCAUUGAAGAUGCCUAUGGCUCUUGA